AUGUCGGAGACUAAAUCAGUCCAACCAAACCCUAGAAAGAAGCAGAAAGUCGAGAAAACCAAAAAUGCAGAUGGGACUGUACUCUACUAUUGUGAAUAUGUUCUGCCAAAGGAUAACAAAAAAUGUCGGUUGAUGAGAAAGAAGUCAAACAAGUAUUGUGCAGAACACAUUCUUCAUCAGCAAGUACCAAAAGACGCAUCUAAUUCAUCUAAUUCACUUACUCUAGAAAGAGUCCCUUGUCCACUUGAUCCAAAUCAUACAAUUUGGAAAUCUGAGUUGGACACGCAUGUACUCAAAUGUAAUGCAAGACCAAAAGAAAACCGUGACCCGUGGUUCGAACUCAAUUACAAUUCGCGACUACAAAGUGGCGGGAGACAAAGAACUCAAAAAGGUGAUAAUGACAACUUUGAACUUGCUGAUGAUUUUACCAUAACUGAAAGUAAAGUUUUAUCUAUUAUUAAUGGUUUGGAGUUUCCAGCACUCGAGCUUCGAGUUUGUGAACAUAAAGGGUUGAAACCUCAUUUGGAAGAGAGGACAUUCCAAAAACACAUAUUGCAGCAAUCUUCACUUAUUGGGAAUUUGAAGAGGCUUGAUAUGCUUUCACAAGAGUUUUUUUAUAUGGAAUUCGGUUGCGGGAAAGGAGAACUUUCUAGAUAUAUCAACCAAUGCAUAUUGGAAGAUGUCAAGGGCGGAAAACAUCAAAAGAAAAUGGAAGAGAAGAACUCAAUUAAAAAUGGUGAAGGUUCACAUUAUGGAUAUGGACUUAUUGAUAGAGGUAAAAAUCGACUAAAAGCCGACUCCAAGAUUAUUACAGAUUCCGAAAGCUCCGAAAGCUCUCAAAUUUUGCCGCAAAUAAAGAGGAGUAAAAUAGAUAUUAAAGAUCUUAAUGUAUCUAAAUUCCUUGAAGAUGUCGACUAUAAAAAUGUGGUUACCGUUUCAAAACAUUUAUGUGGUGCAGCAACAGACCUUACAUUAAAACUGUUGCUCAACUCGGACCUAUUUUCAAAGGACAAAUUUGCCGGGGUAUUGAUAGCAAUGUGUUGUCGUCAUGUUUGCUCACAUGACCAGUUGCUUCCUCAGUCUAAAAAGUAUCUUUUUGAUCACGGCUUUGAGUCCAAACAAUCAUUUAAUGUACUUAAAAAAAUUGUGUCGUGGGCAGUGGAUGCGAAAGAUGAUAAACCCACUAGAACUAAAUUUAAUGAAGGUGAUGAGAGUAAUGAGAGUAAUGAGAGUAACGGAAGAACUGAAACAAAUGCAAGAAAUGAAAACAAUAAAGUCAACGCAAUUGAUGAGAAUCAUCCCUCGGGUCUCACUAGCAAGCAAAGACAGGAGUACGGAUUAAAAGCUAGGCGGAUCAUUGACGAAAGCAGAGCUUUUGCUAUGAGGUCAAUUCUUGGUGAGGAUUACAAUGUAGAAUUAUUUUGGUACAUCGACGAUAACAUAACGUUAGAGAAUGUUUGCUUGUCAAUUGUCAAACAAAAAAACAGAAUGCAAAAAAAUAGAAAAGGAGAACAGCAUCAAUUGUGA